AUGUCAUAUGAUAAUAGAACUGACGCUUUAUUUAACCGCAUUGAUACAAAUCGAGAUGGACGUAUUGAUCGAAGGGAACUUCGUGAUUGGGUGACAAGUAAUGAUGAUUUGGCUACAUCAAAUGAAUCACUAAAUCGUGGACUUGAUCGUUAUGAUGAUACUACUGGUCGAUAUGAUCGAUAUCGAUAUACAGAUGGUUAUCAAGAUGAUUUGGAUUAUAUGGUUGAUAAAUAUAGUUCAUAUGGAACUAGGAGAUGGAUUGAUGAUACGGUGAUCAAUACAAAUAGUCCAGAAGAAACCAAUAGUUAUCUGGAAAAAUCAGGUACAAAUAUUUAUAGGGAUCCUAAUCCAAAAAUUAUUCGACGAGCAAGAAGUACAAGUCCAGUAGCAUUAGAACAACGAGUUCUUGUUCGAUAUCUUCAACCACCAGCUGUACCACCACCAGGACCACUCAUUAUUAAAGAAGUACGUGCACGACCAUCAUCACCACCUCCACCACUUGUCAUACGCGAACAUCCGCCACCUCGUCCUUCACCACCUCCACUUGUGUUACGUGAACAACCACCAGUACCACCAAGACAUAUUCCUAGUGAAACAACUAUUCGUACCUUACCUGCUUUACCUCCUCCACCACGAUCAGUUAUCAUCGAACGUUUGCCACCUGCUCCAGAAAGACCACGUGAUAUUAUAAUUGAACGAUGGAUUCCCUAUGGACCUCAAUCCGAACGGCGUACAAUUGUUGAACCUGCUCCUCCUGCUCCAGAAUAUCAACGACCAUCUAAUACUAUUGUUAUUUAUUCUGCUGCUGAAACACGUAUAACUCGAAAAUUUGAAAAUCUUGGUGUUACUCCAGAAGAUCCUGUAUCUUAUAGAACUCGUUAUGGGUCAUCACUUUUAGAUUCAGUAACGCUUGUUCAACAAGCUCGCAAUGCCGGUGUUGUUGAAGAUAUAACGCCUCCGGGACGAUCAUCUUCAUUAUAUCCAACUACACAUGAACAUCCUGGUUAUUGGGAUCGAUCGAGUGAAAGAAUCGCUAGAGAUUAUUCAUCAACACUUCGAACUGGUAGUGGAGAAUAUCAACAAUACAUUUAA